AUGCAAGAUGUUGGAAUUUUGUAUGAUUUAUUAGCAGAUAUCUCUGAAGAAAUUAAUUCAGUAUUCACAAGACAAAUUUCAGCUCUGAAGAAAAAAAUUAUUAAUCGUCCAAUAAUUUUCACCUGCGGGUUGUUUAACAUCGAUUGGACAAUUGCAUUAUCAAUAAUUGCUGCAAUCACUACUUACUUAACUAUAAUUACUCAAUUUGAUAAAUAA